AUGGAGAAAAAGUACGGCUCCGGGCCUGACGAGGCCUACGACGUCAACAUCGAGGCCAGCCCACCAGGUGACAACACCGACUUCACAUUUGCCCACGAUGGCGAGCAGCUCAAGCGUGGUCUCAAGAGUCGUCAUUUGCAGUUCCUGGCCCUGGGAGGAGCCAUUGGAACCGGUCUCUUCGUGGGAUCCGGUGGCAUCCUCGCAGAUACCGGCCCUGCGCCGCUCUUCAUGGCCUACAUUUCCAUGUCCAUGAUUGUCUACAUCGUUAUGAACGUCCUGGCCGAAAUGACUGUCUAUCUCCCAUUCAGAGGUGUCACCAUCCCCUACUACGUCAGCCGCUUUGUCGAUCCCAGUUUAGGUUUUGCUGCCGGUUGGAACUACUGGUAUGCCUACACAAUGCUUGUCGCCGCAGAAGCUUCAGCAGCUGCCAUUGUCCUGGACUAUUGGAAAGCCCAUGUCAAUGUUGCUGUCUGGAUUGCCAUCGUACUCGUCGUCUUGUUGGCACUCAACUUGUUUGCCGCCGCCAUCUUUGGAGAGGCAGAGUUUAUCUUUGCAUCCAUCAAGCUCAUUGCCUUGUUUGUUCUUUGCAUCAUCGGCAUUGUUCUGUUCUUUGGUGGCGGGCCGAAUCAGCACCAUGUCCUUGGUUUCCACUAUUGGAAUGAUCCUGGCGCAUUUGUAGAAUACAAUGCCAAGGGUGCAACAGGCAGAUUCUUGGGUUACUGGCACGCCUUUGUCAAAGCAGGAUUUGCCUUCAUUACCAGCCCAGAAUUGAUCGCAAUCGCCGCCGGAGAAGCUGUUUCCCCCCGCCGAAACCUCAAGAAGGCAGCUCGUCGCUUUACUUUCCGUCUGGCAUUAUUCUACGGUGUCUCGUCACUCAUCAUUGGCAUCAUUGUCCCCUCAAACGAUCCUAGAUUGCUCGGAGCCUCAAACGCCAGCGCCUCGCCCUUUGUUAUCGGCAUUCAAAAUGCUGGUAUUCCUGUCCUGAACCACAUCAUCAACGCUGUCAUUCUUACCUCUGCCUGGUCGGCCGGAAACUCUUUCCUCUACUCCGCCAGUCGAGUUCUAUACUCCAUGGCCAUCAACGGCCAGGCUCCCAAGUGGUUUGCCCUUACCAAUCGCUUGGGUGUCCCCUGGGUUGCCGUUCUAUUCACCUGGGCCUUCUCCCUUCUCGCCUUCCUCAAUGUCAACAACUCCGGUGCCACCGUCUUCAACUGGUUUGUCAACAUUUCAACCAUUUCUGGCUUCCUUGCUUGGAUUAUCAUCAUGGUCACCUAUCUUCGCUUCCGCAAAGCCAUCAUUUUCAACAAUCUCUGGGGAGAAUUGCCAUACAAGACACCGCUGCAGCCUUACGGCACAUAUGCUGCGCUCUUCGUUAUUUCUAUUCUCACCCUCACCAAUGGUUUCCAAGUCUUCAUCGGUGACAACUGGAAUGUAAGCGACUUCCUCGCUGCCUACAUCACACUGCCCAUCUUCCUUGCGCUUUACAUUGGUCACAAGAUCUGGAAGCGAACACCCUUCUGUAUCAGGACAUCCGAGGUUGAUGUUAUUACCGGCAAGAAGGAGAUGGACGAAAUGGAGGCCAUGGAUCAGCCGCCUGUGCCCAAGAACUUCCUGCAGAAGGUGUGGUUCUGGUUGGCCUAG